UGUUGAGCCAACAGAUGAUUCACCAGGAUGGAAAAUGGUAGGUCACAGUGGCGAAGCUGCGGAUUGGGGGGGGGGGGCGGCGGACCGCACCGGGGGCAGAGGCGUAGCGUGGUGGGGACAGGGGGGCAGAUGUCCCCGGGCGCCAGCUAGUUAGGGGCACCAAAAUGUGCUUUGAUAUUAUUUUAUUGAUGAAAAUAAUUGGUUUGAGAGUUGAAAAUAAGAAAAAGGGGUGCUAAAAAUGGAUCUUGUCCCCGGGCGCGAAUCUUGUCCCCGGGCGCCAAACACCCUCGCUAUGCCACUGACCGGGGGACACUAACCUUUAGCUACGCCACUGAAGGUCAUGUAUGUGUGGAGAAGGGGAAGUAAGUGUGGAGAUAACGUCUAACCCAUAACAUACUUAAUUAAUCCGCUUGAUCAAUAAUAAGUCACCCAAAAGUUCCACGGGUUAAAUGUCGGGGGAAACAACCCGUUCUAUUGUUAGCAUUCUUUUAAUGUCUCGUCUCUCCUACAGCUCAAGGAUGACAUCGGCCCGAGUGGCGCCGACAUAGAACGCUCCGGUAACACUGACUACCCCCAGCUCCAGAAGGUGUUUAAGUUUAGGCUGGAACACCACAUGAAGGCAAGUCAUCAUGACAUUUAACACCACAUAAAGGCAGUCAUCAUGACAUUUAACACCACAUAAAGGCAGUCAUCAUGACAAUUAACACCACAUAAAGGCAGUCAUCAUGACAUUUAACACCACAUAAAGGCAAGUCAUCAUGACAUUUAACACCACAUAAAGGCAGUCAUCAUGACAUUUAACACCACAUAAAGGCAGUCAUCAUGACAAUUAACACCACAUAAAGGCAGUCAUCAUGACAAUUAACACCACAUAAAGGCAGUCAUCAUGACAUUUAACACCACAUAAAGGCAAGUCAUCAUGACAUUUAACACCACAUAAAGGUAGUCAUCAUGACAUUUAACACCACAUAAAGGCAAGUCAUCAUGACAUUUAACACCACAUAAAGGCAGUCAUCAUGACAUUUAACACCACAUAAAGGCAAGUCAUCAUGACAUUUAACACCACAUAAAGGCAGUCAUCAUGACAUUUAACACCACAUAAAGGCAGUCAUCAUGACAAUUAACACCACAUAAAGGCAGUCAUCAUGACAUUUAACACCACAUAAAGGCAGUCAUCAUGACAUUUAACACCACAUAAAGGCAAGUAAUCAUGACAUUUAACACCACAUAAAGGCAAGUCAUCAUGACACUUAACACCACAUAAAGGCAGUCAUCAUGACAUUUAACACCACAUAAAGGCAGUCAUCAUGACAUUUAACACCACAUAAAGGCAAGUAAUGAUGACAUUUAACACCACAUAAAGGCAAGUCAUCAUGACACUUAACACCACAUAAAGGCAGUCAUCAUGACAUUUAACCCCACAUAAAGGCAGUCAUCAUGACAUUUAACACCACAUAAAGGCAAUCAUCAUGACAUUUAACACCACAUAAAGGCAAGUCAUCAUGACAUUUAACACCACAUAAAGGCAAGUCAUCAUGACAUUUAACCCCACAUAAAGGCAGUCAUCAUGACAUUUAACACCACAUAAAGGCAGUCAUCAUGACAUUUAACACCACAUAAAGGCAGUCAUCAUGACAAUUAACACCACAUAAAGGCAGUCAUCAUGACAUUUAACACCACAUAAAGGCAGUCAUCAUGACAUUUAACACCACAUAAAGGCAAGUCAUCAUGACAUUUAACACCACAUAAAGGCAAGUCAUCAUGACAUUUAACACCACACGAAGGCAAGUUACCAGCACACAUUAUUAUCGUAAUACAAGCGAAGCUCAGAAACUUAGCAUGCGCAUCAUUCAUGGUGACAUUGAUAGUUGAUAAACUUACCAUGAAUUUAAGCAGAGGAUGGUGCCGGUGUUGAUGGGUGCUGUUGUUGGUGUUGGUAGGUGCCGGUGUUGAUGGGUGGCGGUGUUGGUGGGUGCCGGUGUUGAUGGGUGGCGGUGUUGGUGGGUGGCGGUGUUGGUGGGUGCCGGUGUUGAUGGGUGGCGGUGUUGAUGGGUGGCGGUGUUGAUGGGUGCUGGUGAGGGAGGCUGGGCGCUGACCAAACUGUGUGCUGAUGAGGCUGUGUUCUAAUAAAGCUUUUCUGAUGAGGCUGUGUUCUAAUAAAGCUGUUUUCUAAUGAGACUGUGUUCUGGUGACGCUGUGACCUGGCGAGGCUGGGUUCUGAAUGCUGCAACAUUUUCGUCCAGCGUUAAAAAAAAAACAACAACUCACAGCCGAUAAACAAAAGCACAUACUGUUGAAUUUAUUUCUUAGGUUUAUUCAUAUGGACGCUAAAACAUGAACAUUAUAUAUAUGUAUAUAUAUAUUUAAAGCGUGAGGAUGGUGAUGAAGAUCUCAUAUCGGCCUUUGACCUCAUCAGGGCUCAUCCGGGCUCCUAUGAAGAACGAGUGUGUUCGCAUGACCCGGCAGCCAUAUUUGUCUCCAAAUGUUCAACGCAAAGUAAGUUAACUUUGAAUUUUAAAAAAAAAAUGGCCCCACGCAAACAUAGAGAAAAAGAAAAAGAAACGACUCAAGAAAUGAAGAUUUUGUUUUAAUUUGAAAAGGUUUCGGCCAUUUAAUUAUUUUAAAGGACAAUACAUGAAAGCAGAGGCGUAGCGAGGGGUGGCAGGGGGGGGGCGGAUGUCCCCGUGCGCCAGCUAGUUAGGGGCGCAAAAAUGUGCUUUGAUAUUAUAUUAGUAAUGAAAAUAAUGGGUUUGAGAGUUGAAAAAAAAUAAAAACGGGCGCUUUAAAAUGGAUCUUGUCCCCGGACUCGAAUCUUGUCCCCGGGCGCUAGACACCCUCGUUACGCCUCUGCAUGAAAGACCGAGAUUUAAAGCUGUGUAAAGGCAAUUGUGGAACAAGGUAAUGUGGAUGCUUGAAGUAUAGAGACGUGGCAAUAAAAGAAGAACGUUUCGGCUAAGAGCCUUCCUCAGCAGACAGGACAAAUGUUUUAUAGUUUUUUUUGUAAAGGAGUUAUUAGCCUAGUGCAAGACCGUGUUACAUUACUCAGCGGUGAGGUCUCGGGUUAUCUAAAAGGGGAAUGUAUGCAGGCCUGGGAUCUGGCCUUGCAUUAUUACCCGCCACUGAAUAUAUUUGUCAAGUGGUCAGUUGUAUGAGACAUAGCAUACAAGUGACAGGUUGACGCGGUGUAAAUCCCCACGAACGUUCUCGACAGAACACUACAAGCUCGUGCUCCGGAACCACUCCCAGCUUUGCCAGAUCGCCCACCGCGUGGAGGACAUGUUCAACAUCACACCCGAUGACGUGGUCUACAACGAUUGGCCCAUCAGCUGGCUGCCCGGGCUACCGUUCUGUUAUUUCACCACCGGAUGUGCGAUGGUCAAGUCUACGCUUACCGACUGUCCGGCAGAGAAAGUUGUCAGAGAGGUAAGUCGCCAAAUAAGAUAUAUAAUUAAUCUCUCACUACCGUCUAAAACUAAUAUCAAUGUUUUUAUUUAGAUCAGUAGUUCCGCGCUAAGACUAAAACAAGAAAGGUCUUGCUGCGGGAGUUCUUGUUUGCGGACGAUGCCGCUUUGGUAUCUCACACAGCAGACGCCUGCAGAGCCUCGUAUCCAGCCUAUCCGCUGCCUGCAAAGAGUUUGGCCUGACAAUUAGCCUAAAGAAAACUAACAUUAUGGCACAGGGCGCUGAAUCCCUCCCCACUAUCGCCAUCGACGACUAAGACUUGGAUACUGUUGACAGAUUCACAUAUCUGGGAUCCAACAUAUCGAGCACCCUCUCAAUGGAGGAUGAGAUAAGUGGGAGGAUAGGGAAGGCCGCAACUGUUAUGGCCAAACUGAAGAAAAGAGUCUUGUCAAACGCCAAACUCACAACAAGAACUAAGCUGCAGGUGUACCAGGCCUGCGUACUGAGCACACUUCUGUAUGGAUGCGAGUCGUGGACCACAUACUCUAACCACGAAAGAAGGCUCAAUGACUUCCACCUCAGAUGCUUGCGCCACAUCCUUGACACUAAAUGGUAAGACAAAGUCCCCAACACGGAUGUCCAAACAAACAUGUGUAGCGUCCCAGCCAUGUUAAUCAAAAGACGCCUCCGCUGGCUUGGACACGUCAAGCGAAUGCAACCUGGUCGCAUGCCAAAGGACGUGCUAUACAGCGAGCUGGCGACAGGUAAAAGGUCGGUUGGACGGCCUCGUGUUAGAUACUUAGACAUAUGCAAAAGGGGCAUGAAAUCGGCCAACAUCGACAUCUCAAACUGGGAGGAGCUGGCAGAGGAUCGAUCCUCAUGGCGGGGCAUCGUGAAGGCAGGAUCACUGCAUGCAGAGGAUCAAAACAGGGCGGAAACAGCUGCAAAAAGAGCGAGGAGGAAGGCCGGUAAAUACUGCUCCACCGCAUUCGUGUGUGGGAAAUGUAACAGAGACUGCCAUUCGAGGAUUGGACUCACCAGCCACACCAAGAGCUGCCAGCAAUAAAGAUAAUCUAUCGUCUCCCGCAGACGGAAAGAUGCCAUACAUUUUAAUGUAGAACCAGAAAGAAUAAUUUUUUUUGAACAAAAAGAUUUAGCAACAUUCGAUUCAAAUACCUGUUGCCUUAAAAUCAAAUGCCUUAAAAUGGCAAGAAAAAUUAAAAUGAUAGAAUGUAUCCCUCUUUCAGUUAGUCUUCAUUAUAUAUUGACCGCGACAGUGAGUUAGAUGAUUGGCAUUGAGCUACUUACUUGAAGAAGAAGGAUGCACUGAACAAGUUUUACCGUUAUAUUAUAUGUUGAGCUAUCUUGUAAGCACAUGUUCAAGUUCAAAUCUUGACAUGUUCAAGUUCAAAUCUUGACAUGUUCAAGUUCAAAUCUUGACAUGUUCAAGUUCAAAUCUUGACAUGUUCAAGUUCAAAUCUUGACAUGUUCAAGUUCAAAUCUUGACAUGUUCAAAUCUUGACAUGUUCAAGUUCAAAUCUUGACAUGUUCAAAUCUUGACAUGUUCAAGUUCAAAUCUUGACAUGUUCAAGUUCAAAUCUUGAUAUGUUCAAGUUCAAAUCUUAACAUGUUCAAGUUCAAAUCUUGACAUGUUUAAUUUCAAAUCUUAACAUGUUCAAGUUCAAAUCUUGUCAUUUUGAUGAUUUUAACCCUUUGUAAUCAGUCAGUGAUUCUCAUAAUAACAAUUUGAACAAACAUUGUUUGUCCUUUUUUCCCCCCUCUGUCACCCUCAGACAUGGACUCUGAUAGACCUGGAGCGGGUGACUAUCGCCAGCCUCCAGCCUUCCAUGAUUCAGAUGAUGUCAUCGCACUGCGAGGACCUCCCCGAGCCGCACUGGACACUCAAGGUGCUCAGCACCACCGGGUUCGUCCGCCAGUCUGUCAUGGACGCCAUCGGCCCGUGCACAAAUUGUCUCAUCACCUGCUACUCGCUCAUAGGUCAGCGUGCCUGGGAGGCUGGUUCACGGGGGGGGGAGGGGGAGGGGGGAGGAACAAAUUAAACAAGUGGUUACGUGCGGCUAAUGGUGUUGGCGAAAGAGGGGAGCUGGUUCACGGGGGGGGGAGGGGGAGGGGGGAGGAACAAAUUAAACAAGUGGUUACGUGCGGCUAAUUGUGUUGGCGAAAGAGGGGGGGGGGGGCUAAUGGUGUUGGCGGUCAACUGUUUAAAGUGUACACGUCUGAGCCAUGUCAUUGUUCAAAAUAUGGCAUUGCAAAAAACAAAGGUUGAAUAUAUUUUAUUUCAAUAAAUGUCCUCAACUUUGAUUAUCGUUACCACCACGCCCCCCCUCCCCUCUUUGUUUGAACCCGGUCGUUGGCUACAGCGAAAGGGCCCGUAAUAGAUUUAGAUGUUGGCCGAUAUAUUGUGUACUAAUAUAUUUGAAGGGCUCACGGGAAAAACCAGUGAUGUCAGGUUUUGAGAGUUUUGAGAAAAUUGAAUUUAAAGUUUGAAAAUUCCUAACAGAAGUAUGAAAAUAUCAAGAUGUCUACGUAUUUAUUUAUUGUCUACGCUGCUUUUUCAGUUGGACCUAUGUAUCAUAUUAUUCUAUUAAAUGGAAUGUAGCCACAAGGGAGAUAACAUAGAAAUUUUGAAAAACUGACAUCACUGGUUUUUCCCUUGAACCGUUCAUUUGUUAGAUUCAAGUAUACACUGGGGCCGAAAUUUCGCUAUAGACUACUGGGGCCCUUAAAAUGGAGGAGCCCCCCAAAAUUUAAGAGGCCCUAUUUUAUAGACACCUGUGCUUACAAAACAUAAUCACAUAAUGUACUUUUCUUUCCUUUUAAAUUGACGUAAACUUGAAGACAUACCAGUUCAAAUCAAACCUGUACAAAGAGUAAACACAAGUCAAACAAGAUUUUCUCUUAGCUUGGAUAAAAGUUUGAGUCGAGUUUUUUUUACUUAAAAGAAAAAUUAUGAGUCUUUUUUUCAAAGGGCAUUUUUUUACCAUAAUUUAAAUUUUUUGAAAUCGUCAAAUGCACCAUGCAGGCAUAAUCCACAUUUUUUAAAACGAACAUUAAAAAGAAAUUACAUUAAAAAAGUUUGCAUCGUUUGUCGAUAAGUUAAAAUAAUGUCAAAAUAUGUUCUAGAUCAGGGGUCGGGAACCUAUGGCUCGCGAGCCAGAUGUGGCUCUAUUGAUGCCUGCAUCUGGCUUUCAGACAAAUGUUCGAUUAUAAAAAAAAAAAUCUCAUUAAUGGUAAGAAAUACUCAUUAUUGAUUAGCAACAGCAUAACAAUAUUAUUAAAAAAGAAUUCAGAGACAUAACUAUUUGCAUUUUUAGUGUUGAAAUUAUACAAAAUGCACACAUUUUCUUGAAUUUUUAGUUUUAAACAUAACGCAUGGCUCUCACAGAAUUACUUUUCAAAAUGUGUGGUGUCCAUGGCUCUCUCAGACAAAAAGGUUCCCGACCCCUGUUCUAGAUUCUAGAGCAGGCCUGCACAACAUACGGCCCGCGGGCCACAUGCGACCCGCCAGCACCCACUUUGGGGCCUGCUAAGUAACGAAAUAAUCUUUAUUCUUAUUAUUUUCUUAACAGCUUUCCCCCCUGUCCUAUUUUCUUUUGGCCCGCACACGUUUUUCAUAAAGUAUUACGGCCCCGCCUUACAUUUUGCGUUGUGCAGGCCUGGUUUAGAGCAUACUAAUAAUAUUGUAGACAUUUGAAGUUGUUAUCCUUAAAUAAAAUAUUGGUUUGUGUUCCAUUAUAAUUUAAUAAUUAAAUCAGUAACUUUCAGUAGCCUCCCUCAUUCCUUACAUCAGGGUUAGGGGAAUUUUGUUCUUCUUUUUUUAUAGCUAUAACAUCAAAAUACUUUUUUUAAAGCUAUAACAUUAAAAGACCCUUUUUUAUAGCUAUAACAUCAAAAUACCUUUUUUUUUUAAAGUAAUGCAGUGGCGUAGGACGAUGGGGUAGAGGUCUCCGCGGGUGGCACUUUUGUCUUUAUUGGUAGGGGUGGCAAUUUUGGGCAACCGCAAAGUUUGUUUUCCGUGGAAGGGGCGUUGUCUAAAAGACUAGGCCCGCCUUGGGCUUUAAGAUGACAGAAUAAUAUCGAUACUGUCUUUUAAUCGAUUCCACAGCUUUGUUUUUAUGUUCAUUAAAGUAUAACAUCUUUUUUUCCCGCAAAGGUAGGGUCUUUUGACUUUUUGACUGGCUUCUCGGGUGAGAUUUUUGAAAAUUUCCACGAAAAGUCUUUGCACCUGUUGAUUUCUUUGAGUCUACAGAUCAAACAGUUUGGCCAGCUGCUGAGCCACGGCUGAACGCAUCCAGCUGCGAGUUUCUCUAGUACUCUGGCAAGAUGCCGUGUGUUGCCGGGACAAAACUUACGUCGUAACAAUGGACGCGCUUUAUACCAUUUUAUACAUUUCAAAUGAGCCCUCGUUACCUCAGUUUUUCCCCCUUCCAUUUGGGUUACUUACUCCGGCUCGCCGACCCCUGCAGACGACCCCCCCCCCCCGCCCGCAGACCCUUACAUGUAAAGUAAAUCAAAGAAUGUUACGGCCUCAUAAUGUCAUUAUAAUGAUUUCCUAUUUUUUACAUUUCAAAUGAGCCCUCGUUACCUCCGUUUUUCCCCCUUCCAUUUGGGUUACUUACUCCGGCCCGCCGACCCCUGCAAACGACCCCCCCCCCCCGCCCGCAGACCCUUACAUGUAAAGUAAAUCAAAGAAUGUUACGGCCUCAUAAUGUCAUUAUAAUGAUUUCCUGUGCAGCAUUUUUACUUCAUUGAUGAAGGGUUUUUCAGCUUGUAGUGCAGCAAAGAAAACAGCGGAACAAGGCGCGCGGAAGCUUGAAAUAGAAAGACAGGACAGUAAAAGAAAAAUGUUGUGACUAAGAGCCUUCCUCGGCAGACAGGACAAAUAAAGAAACAACAAGAAAUAGAAAAUAGCCAAACACACUUCGCCACUAAUGUCAUUGUCGGAAGUUGGCUUUUCCCAAACUUAGUUGACAGGAAGUAGACGAAUUUUUGUAUCACAACCCAACUAUUCUCGCCCAAACCCCCCCUCACCCCCCUGCCUCCUUUCCAACCCCCUUUUUUUUCCGAAAGCGUUGCCAGCUCGUGUAUACCCCUCCCUACGAGCCACGCCUUUGUGGCUGUCCUUGUCAUGAAGCUCGACAAAACCCAAUGUUCUCAACUCCAUUCCAGAAGCCGGUGUCGUGUCCAGACUGUGGGUGACUGAUGAGAACAAG